UUUUUUUUUUUUUUAGUAGAAUUGCAUUUUUGUGUUGUGUUUUAGUUGUCGCGAUUAAUGAUGACCUUAAUGAUCAUGUACCUGAUUAAAUCCCAAGUAUUGUAAAACAUUAUCCGAAACAUACAACAGUGUCCCAUCUGUAGACGCCGCCAACACAAAUCCAUCUAGUAUCUGGAAGAGAGAAAACACUGUCCGGAAUUUUUUAUUCCAUGUUUCUGAUUUUAAAGAUAAGUAUGCAUAAGGCAUUUCCGAUGUAAACAAAGAUGGUAUAUGCUUUUGUUAUCCACACACUUCUACCUGGCCCGUGUCACGUCCUGUAUCACAAUGUUUAUGGACAAGACAUAACUUACACAGACGAAGAAGAUGAUGCUAUACACAAGAAUCAACGGAGGAGCGAUAUUCAGUUGAUAGCUAACGAGGUACAUUCAGAAUAUCAAUUCCGAAGAGCUGUUCUUUCACGGACUGUAGAGGAUGAUAUUCAACGCAUGGGGAACGACGACACCCUCCCAGACUUAGAAGUUGGCUGCAUUCGACUUCCGGAGGGUAACCCUUUCUCUGUAGAGAGAAUUGCUCUCUGGCUGGGUGCUGGAAACACGGGAUUUUCACUUGUAUGUGAAAAAUCAGAAAACAGGCUUCUUGCAGAAAAUGUAUUGAAAAUUCUUAUCCGGUUUAUUCAGGAACAUGUUCGGGUUUUGAAUCAACCCUCAGAAGCAAGAUUAAAAAGUGACAGAAUUGCUUUAAUUCUCAGUCGUUUCCUGCCAAAUGGGAAUCUGCUUUUUAUGAAUCAUCGUGUAGUGAGACAGUUAGAAAAAGAGGUUGAAAAUUUGAUGAAGAUAUCUUAAAUUUCACAAUCACAUUUACGUUACAUCGGUGUUCUAUGAAUGUCCAACAGUUUCAUUUAUUUCUUCUCUAUCAAAAUUAAUCAUAAAAGUAACCAAGAACAGGUUUAAUCCGACAUCUGAUUAUUAUACAAGUACUGGACAUAAAUUACACUCUUGGGCAGUAAAUAUCGUAUUUAGAGCAACACAAUUGUGCAUAUGUACUUCUUUUCCAAUCUCAAUAAUUGUAAUGAUAUGUACUUAAGCAUGUUUUUUGUGUCUUUGAAAUAAGUGCAAUUUAGACAGAGCUAACACAAUUGUAAGUUCAUAUCCUAUUUUAAUUGAAGUUAUGAUUUGAAAAAUCAUUAGAAAUUUUUCUAACGUACCUGAAAUAUGUUCAUGCCACAGAAGAAUUGUUCUACAGAUGUUUCUUCCUCGCUACUUGUUUUCACAUUCUUAAUGGAUGGGUUGAAUUUUUCGUAUGCUAUGAAAAAAUAAAUUAUAUACAUGGUGUUUAUACAGCAACAGCAUUUGAAUACCACUAAGAACGUAAUGGAGAUUUUCUUCUUUUUUUUUUUACAUUACGUUUUGUUUUCAUGCUUUCAAUAUGAAAUACUCUUUGAACAAACAACAACAAAACAAGCAAACAAACAAAUUCCCUGAUUCUAUGUACCCAUGUAAAUUGCUGAAUUUUACAUCUAUAAAGUGUAACUUUUAAGGUGCUUUUUCCUCGUACGUCACGAUGCUCCGGGUCAUUAAUCUUUGACGAGCUCACUCUUAAUAUUAAGCCUCAAUUCAUGAAACGAGCGAAUAGUUUAAAAGUGAGACUGAAUUCUUAAGUGAGUUAGGCUAUAGUUAAUGUCCCCCUAAGCCAUAUCCAUGGGGGCGAUGGAACUUCAAAUCUGCGCCUUUAUUAAUUUGAUACUUUGAUAUUAUCAUGUCCGUCAUUCUCAUAUGUACGAAAUUAUAUUUAAAAUCUGUUGUGGUAACUAGACGCAAUCAAAAGGAUUCCAUGAUCUUUUUAAGAAGGGGAAAAGAACGGCGUGCGCACCUGCUGAUCAAUGCAUGUUCUUCAAUACCCUUCAGACUUCUGACAGUACAACACCCGGACUGGGACGUUUUCAGAUUGUCAUGCUAUAGUUAACGACACAUUGUUCACUGUAUCCCUUUGUUUACGGCAAACUUUUUCAUUACGCGGGGUGUAGGGUUACUUGGGUUCAGCAACACACGUUAGGUGUAAACGGAAGAUUUACGUUUCAAGUUUCGGCAAAUAUUUCUGCUCAGUUCAAAGAAAAUGGGGGGUUUGCAACAAAAGAGAAGUUAGAAGAUAGGCUAACUGCAACGCAAAUAAUACCUGAAUCAGACAUAAAUUGAUCAAUAAAUUCCAAUAAAUCUCUGCUAUUUAAUUUAUGAAAAACAAGGCACAAUAUUUGAUAAAGGAGAUUAGGAACUGUGCUUAGAUUUUGGACAAACUGCUUGGAGUGUUGGACAAACAUUUCAACAUUAAAAUAUCCCGAACUUUUUCCCUGUCGUUCUGCGCGGUUUGGAGUGGGGUACAAAUUCUCCAUGUCGGAAUUGGUUGCCCUGUACAUAACCACGAUGGUUUGUAGACGCGCCAUGAUGCUGUCAUCGGGUGAUAGCGUCACAGAUAAAUUUCUCAGUCACGGAGUUAAGUAGAAUUACCAUCAACAAACCGUAUAGCCAUGCAUUGGCAGACGACACCUCUUGUUCUCGUGUCGUCCAGUUACGAAAUAGUAAACGGGACAAAGGCUUCUGAAAAUAUUUGAUUCUAUCGUAAAUUGAAAAACAAAAAUCUCCCGAGCGUGACUAUGUUCAUUGUAGGAACUAUAACCUUGACGAAUAACCUUGACCUUACCAAUCACAUAUCAAUAUAAUCUGAUCUUUCAUUUUACCUAGUAUCUUGUCUAGUUGAAAGUUAUGGCAAGUUUAACAUAAAAACAGACAGAUUUAAAACAAUAGGCCCCAGAUAGAUAAAUCGAGUGUACUCAGUUUGUGACGCAUUAGCCCCAACAAUGAAUAUUUCUACUAUGACAAAACUUUUGGAACACUGUACUUCUGCCCACGAUAUCGAAGAUUUAGUGUUAUUUGUUAUAAUUCGCUUCGUCGGUCUAUUCGAAACUUUCGUCACAGCCAUUACAAGGUAAAUUUAUAUUUAGUGAAUGGAAAGGACAACGUCUCAAAGUUAUAUGUCAGGUGGAAGGUGAAAGUGUCACAUUUGCCACGAUAAACUUGAGAGGGUCGUAGACACAGUUGUUCAAACACAUCGUUUUAAUUUCUAUUGCAAUGGAGUUAUUAGAAUGAAACAAGAACGCUUUAUCUGUUUGUUUUUGCAGGCGUGCACGUAGAAUAAGGAAUGGUAGGGGGCAAUGGCGCCGGAUAAUUUGUUAUUUUAUAAUGCAAAUAAAAUAUAUAUUUGGUGA